GGUCAGAGCAGAGCAAAAUCUAAUGGCCAGCUUGAGCCGAAGAUCAGUUUGGUUUUGUGCGCACUCGUGACUAGUGUGCGCUGCGACACACUCUGGACCAGGAUUCUUAGGUCAUUUGAUCAUCGCAAUAUGCAGAUUGGAUUGUUUAUUCUCUUUAGCUUUCUGCUGAGCAUCCAGAGCGACUUACAGGCAGAGGCUCGCGUUCGUGGCAGACAUUACGAUGAGGAAAAAGACACAAUAGUUGAGAUACCCAAACUGGGUAGUAUCCAGGGGAAAAUUGUGGAGACAGCAUGGACGAACCGCGAAGUACUGCAGUUUGUUGAUGUCAGAUAUGCCGAACCACCUACAGGGCAGUACCGCUUUAAGGCGCCGCGUCCAAUCGAACCGUGGGAAGACGUAAUGGAUGCCACAGCCGAGAAAAUCGGUUGUCCGUCGGUUGUGUCCAUGGACUCUUUACGCAAACUGGACGAUGUUCUGGAUGUCGAGGAUUGUCUCACCAUGACCAUCACGACACCGAAUGUUACUGCAAAACUGCCCGUUCUGGUGUACAUCCAUGGGGAGUAUCUGUACGAGGGCAGCAACUCAGAGGCUCCUCCUGACUAUCUGCUCGAAAAGGAUGUGGUCCUCGUCACUCCGCAAUAUCGUCUGGGCCCGUUCGGCUUCCUCUCGACCAAGACGGAUGAAAUUCCAGGAAAUGCUGGAUUCCUAGACAUAUUUUUAGCUUUGCAGUUUGUCAAACAUUUUAUUAAGUAUUUUGGCGGCGAUGCAAAUCGUGUGACAGUUGCCGGUCAAGUGGGUGGAGCAGCCAUUGCACAUCUGCUCACCCUAUCGCCGAUGGUGCAGCAUGGCCUUUUUAGUCAGGUCAUCUACCACUCGGGAUCGGCCAUAAUGCCCAUUUUUCUCGAAGAUAAUCCCCGCAAACAUGCACAAGAGAUAGCACAGAAGGCGAGUUGUCGAUUGGUUACAGUUAGGGAUCUCAACAGCUGCCUGAUGGAGCUUUCGGCUCUAGAGUUGCUCACUGCCUUCAUGGAGCAUGCGCUUGAAAAAUCGGAUUUGGGCAUAGGACACACUGGUGGCAUACAGUUUACGAUAGGCGGACCAAGUGGGGUGCUGCCAAAGCAUCCAUACGACCUCAUGCUGGAGUCAAACUUCUCCUAUCCGGCUCUGGGUGGAUGUCCCAAGAAUGCCGGCACCAGAGUUCUGAAUGAAAUUGUGGAAAACGAUUUUGAGGGGAAGAUUCCUGACGACGAGUACGACACCUACAACUACAUCGAUCAUGUCAUCCGCCAGGUGGUGGGCACGGACAAGACCAUGUUGCUGACUAGUUUUGUGACCCAUGACUUCUUCAAUCGCCAGCUGUUGGAGAAUGGAACAUUCGACACACUCAUUCCCAGGCUAAUCGAUGUGGCUGGCACUUUAAGCCACAAACUACCCGUGCUUUUGGCCCUGAAUAUGAACAACAAACACAAUCCGGAUAACACAUUUUUGUACUCCUUCGAUUAUGCCGGGGAGUUUAAUCGCUACCGGGAAAUGGACGAGGAGACCAACAUGCAGAGCCCGUUCCGAGCUGGCGUCUCCCUCACCGACGAAGCCCUGUAUCUCUUUCCCUACCCUGAUCAUGUCAAGCGCCUCAGUCCUCCAGACGAGACAAUGGCACAUCGCAUGGUCGACUUGUGGACAAACUUUGUGAUCAGCGGCAAUCCUUUGGGCUCCUACCGCACUGGCUAUUGGCCACCAAUGACUACUCUAUAUGGGCCUUAUAUGAAAAUCGACGAAACCCUCACCAUUGGCGGCAACUACUUCAACGAGUUCUCCGCGACCCUGCGGGACGAGGACCAAGGACAUAGUUUGAUACGUGAAAUAUACUAUCUCCGGUCACGUAGCCGCCAACGCGCCAAGGCCCAGCGCAAGAAGCAAUUGGCGGCAAACGCAAAAUUAGCCGUAAGCAGUAAAACAACGAAAUCAAAUAGCCGAAAGAGCCUGGUAAAGCGACCCAAUCGCAAUAAGAUAAGCCUGUAAUCUAGUUACAUAAGUGAUAAAGAUAAAGCUAAUAGUGAAUCUCGA